AUGGUUCCAAAGUUGGGAAAGCAAAACCAAAAACACCUUUCAGCGGAGCAAAUUUCUCAUCUUGCGAAACUUACAAAGAAUUGGAGCUGUCGGACCGGAGAUGAUAUUCCACAACACCUCUAUGACUGGAUCUUAGAACCAGUGUCUAAGUUUUGGGGAUUCAAGGUUUUCCGCGCAGACACUGAGCUUGUUGAGUAUUGUUUAAGCGACAUCGAGGAAGUUGAAAACGCAUCUAAGAUGAAUCCUGUUCGCCGUAGGGUUAUACUCCUCAUCCUCUACGACAUUGUUCAGGAAGAAAAAAAACGACUGCAAGGCGAAGCUGAGAAGAAUAAGGCUCGCCGUCUCGGCGAACCUGAAUCCGGAGACAGUAAAUCAAGGGCAUACCUUACUAAAGCUAUCAGGAACAUUCGCAAGCGAUGCUCCCAGCUUCAACGAUAUGGGGGCCGGUGGUCACUAUUUGAGCGACGAGAGGCUAUAUUAGAAUUCCCUAUUACCUACGCUGCGAACAGUUUCGAACGUGCCAAGAUGGAAGAGAUUGAGAUCGAGGCGUUAAAUGAGUAUGAAGCACUAAUGUGCAAUCAUAAAUAUCGAUCUAUAUUGCAGAAAGCCUUUGAAGCUCUAGUACCGCAGCAUCUGCAGAAAGCGCCUCUUCAAAGGAGAGGCCAAAAGCGCCGUUGGCAUGACAAUUCAACGACCGCCAAGACAGCCAGAAAGAGGUCUAGUGCAUUUUCCUUCACUUAUAGCCAAGGAGAAUGUGCACAGGAUUUCCACUUCCGAGCCCGAAACGAUGAGAUUGAUCGUAUGAACAUCUCCGGCCCAACAAAUACAUCCGAAGCGGCGGUAGAUAGUGGAAUAGGCUCUUCGGAGUCGGUAUCUUCCAGUUGCCGCAGCCCCCGGUCAGAUUUGUUAGCAAACGACAUCCAGUUAAUCGGAAAUAAUCUUUUUAAUCAUUAUGAGGCUAGAGGGCAAUUAGGUUCGCAGGACGUCCCGUCAUUGGAACCAUCAGUCAACUCUUUUCAACCACCGGAUACUAGUCCAUGGAGGCUGCCCCUUGCUGCUAGUCAGCAAAUUACCGCCUUUGCCGGGUCAACAACCGGAGAACCUAAUUCAAGCCAACCCUCGUCCCUCGAAAUUCAUUGUUCAUCGACUAACACGAGAGCGACGACGACAGGAGUAGACAGUCAGCAAUCCCCUGCGUAUGCGUCAGCUAUCAUGAAUAUUUCAGACGGCAGAGACCAAAGCAAUAUUUCAUCAGUCAGAACCGAGACACAUGGUGAAGGACUUCACUGUACGCCAUAUAACGUUGUAGUUCAAGGCUUUGAGGAUGCCUUUUACCGAGGUGCAGGAGGAGAGUUCAGCUCCCAGAAUGUCGCUCGAGGAUUUGAGAAUGUUUUCCAUCAUCCCGUGGGAGACUCAAGCUCUGAGGAUGUCCCUCAAUGCCUUAGAGAUAGAUUUCAUCAAACCGCGCAGGGAAUACCAAAUCACGAUGAUAUCGCCCGUGGGUUCGAGAACAGUUUUUGCCAAACUUCGAUCAAUUACCAAAAUGCCGCCCGAGGAUUUGAGGAUGCAUUCUGCCAGUGGAGUGGAGUUGAAUUAUGA